CCAAAUUCUCCCAGGUCCAAAGAUCAAAAGCAUCGCACCCAUCACAUCCAUCCUUGAGGCAAUACCAACAUGGCGACCGAUCCCUCAACAUACGAGUUCAACCAUACGAUGUAUAGAGUGAAGGAUCCCAAAGCAUCUGUGGAUUUCUAUACACAAAAGCUUGGAAUGAGCCUCAUCGUGAAGAUUGAUUUUGAGGAGGCAAAGUUCUCACUCUAUUUCCUCGCCUACGGUGUUCCCAAGAGCAUCCAAGAGGCUUCGUUUGAGGAACGUAGAAAAUACGCAUUCUCUCGACCAGGUGUAUUGGAAUUGACCCACAAUUGGGGGACCGAAACGGACGAUUCGUUCGAGGGCUAUCAUACUGGUAACUCUGAACCCAAGGGCUAUGGCCACAUUGGUGUAAUUGUGGAUGAUGUGGACGCGGCAUGCGCGCGGUUGGAAGAGCAGGGUGUAGACUUCCUCAAGAAGCCUAAUGACGGACGAAUGAAAAACAUUGCGUUUGUCACGGAUCCUGACGGCUAUUGGAUCGAAAUCUUGCCCAAGGGCUUUUAGAUGUUCAGCCAUGAAAACUUUCAAUAGACCUUGGCGCACUGUAGUCGUUGAUGCGUGCAGUAAACUUUUUGGACUCAAUCAAAAGCAAUAGAGCUGUUAUCCAAUAUUCGGCGGUCUACCAGCGAAAAGCGUGGUCGUGAGAAUGAGACUGGUGGCACUUGGCACUCUCGGGACAUUUUUGGUAAACAUAUCGAUGAUAUCAGCGGGCACAGGAGUCCGCUCUCCUAGUGUUAUCACGAGAAUCAUGCUACAGUGCCGAGCGAAUGGCUUACUUCCUUGCUUAGCUACGCGUUGCAGGUGCUCGAUAUAUUACAAUUACAGCGGAGGUC